AUGGAGGAUUUACAACCUGAAAACUAUCGUAUCAUAUGGAUCGCGCCAUUAGAAAUCGAGGCACAAGCCGCUUUACAUAUGCUAGAUCAUAGGCAUACCGGUAGAUUUCCAAUGGCUCGCGGCGACGAUUACGUCUUCCAAGCCGGCGAUAUGUGCGGCCAUAAUGUUGUAAUUGCAACUCUUCCGGCUGGUCAAGAGUACGGGUCGGGAUCAGCCGCUGCCCUUGCCAGCCAGGCAAAGAAGUUUUUUCCUAACUUCUGGUUUGGACUCCUAGUAGGCGUGGCUGCUGGUAUUCCUGAUCUCAAACAAGACCCACCACGAGAUAUCAGAUUAGGUGAUGUUCUUGUCAGUAUCCCAGAUAUGGACCGUCCAGGAACUGUGGCAUACGACUUAGGCAGAGAGAUAGGGGGGGAUACGCUUCAGCUUCUACGGCAUGGUUAUGUUCUUGCUCAGACUGAGCAAGUUGUGAGGUCAGCUAUUGGCAGUAUCAAACUUGAUUCACCAGAGGAGUCCAGACUAUUUCUUCCAUUUUACGAAAAUAUGAAGAACAAGAAACAUGCGAAAGGGACGUUUAUUGAUCCCGGGCAAGAUCGCGACAACUUCUAUCAACUAGGAGACGACGGUAUCGAGCAUAUUGUGGAAAGACCAAAACGGCCUGCUUCAGAACGCACUAGAGUGUGGUAUGGUCCAAUAGGGUCAGGCGAGAAACUUAUGAGGAGUGCUUCGAAGCGAGAUAAGUUGAGAGAUGAGCAUGGCAUUAUCGGCCUAGAGAUGGAAGCAGCGGGUAUUAUGAAUCGACUUAAUGUCGGCGUUAUCAGGGGCACAUGUGACUACGCAGAUGAUCACAAGAACAAGGACUGGCAACCAUAUGCUGCAGCUAUUGCGGCAGCAUAUGCCAAAGCACUCUUGUCUCAAAUCCCACCAAGCCAGCCGCCGAAUCGCCCGGUGCCACCAGGACGUGAUCUAUAUGAUUCCCCUGCGAAUAAUGGACGAGGUAGAGGCUAUACGGCCAAGUCACCAGCAUUCAAUAAUAAUGAAUCCAGAAGAGAGCACGGCAACCCGGAUAAUAUAACCGAAGAUGUAUCCGAUAGAGGAACAAUUACAUUCAGCGGUCGGGGUAACCAGAAUAUAGGCUCUGGAAGCAUUUCAAUUGGUGGAGCACAGCACAUUUCUUGA